UUGACAUCUCUGCAACAGCUGGCCCAACAAGGCAGUCAAUGCCAACACCACUUUUUAGCACCAUCUCUGCUCAAGAAUCUUCCACUGCUUUCCCCAUAGGUCACACUCAAGCCACACAGACCACACAAGAAUCCCAAACCAUGAGGUUGGUCUCCCCCAUGACUGACACCAUCAAGAAAGUCACAACUACAGCUUCUUCUUUUAUACCCAGUGGAUACUCACCCUCAGGAAGUGUUCCCCAGGAUGCAUCCACCACAGGUGAAGUGACAACCUUCACUCCAGCACCCUCUGGAGAUGGUCACACAACCCAGGCCACAACCACAGGAUUGUGGGCAGCAUCAACCAGCCCUGAUAUCUCUCUGGAACCCUUAGGAGGCACAUCACGUUUUGUAACAGGCACCAUUCCUCAGGUCACUACUGUAGUCUCAACAUCGGGGGGCCCAGGAGGACAAUUGACAGUACCUUCUGCCAGCACCUCACCUGAUGUCAAACCAGUGAUUACCCAAACCCAUCAGACUCAAGCCACAGAGACAUCUGGAGAAACACAGACCAGCAAACAGGCCUCCUCCACGUCACACACCAUCUCAGCGGGCGCAGCUAACCCUUCCUCAUCCAUGGCAGGCGACAGAACAUCAGGAAGUGUGUCCUCAGUAACGUCCACCUCAGGUAGGAUCACAAGCUUCUCACUGACUCCCUCCAGUGACAGCCAAACAACUCAGGGGACAACUGAAUUCUUGUCUACCUCAACCAGUCAUGACACCAGCCCAGGAGCCGUGGGAAUGGUGUCUAUGAUUGUCUCCAGCACUUUUUCCACCAUCUCUAAGGUCUCAACUGCAGGAGAACUGACAGAACAGUCAAGCACAACUUCUUCUGGCACCUCUCUUCAGGAAAUGUCAGCCAUUCCCCACAUGCCUCAGACCUGGAGUAUAGGAACUAGCGCAGGAUCUGAAACCAUGAGCUCAGGGUCCUCCCAGGUGACUGACACCUUCUCAACGGUCACAUCCUCACCUCUUUUAUCCACAACAAAUGGGCUGACAUCUCCACAAACUGAGGCCCACAUUUUGUCACCUUCAGGUACCAGCACAACCCUUAUUUCCACCGCAUUCAAUGAGAGUCACCAGAGCCACACAAUAAUGCCCACGUUGUCACCUGGGACUACUGAAGGGCCACCUGCUGUUAUUGGCUCCACCACCCUGAGGGAUGUAGCCACUCAUCAACCUUCCACAGUUUUGUCCACCAGUGGAGAAGUUCUGACAACAAGCACAAGCUCGAUCACCCAAGAGAACAUGACCACAGUGGUCAUUCCCCCUGUACAUUCUGGCAGCAUCUCUUUGACAGAUACCACCCAAGUCCCCACCUCCUCAGUGGGUGUCUCAGGCACAUCCAGCCCUGAGCAUCCUGCCACUACUCAAAAGGUAGCCUCCACCACCAACCCCAGGACAAAUCCAAUACAUGUAAAUUCUUCAGUCAAUGAGAGCAGUAGCACUGGUUCUACACUAACUUUGUCAUUUUCACCUACAAUGUAUCCUUUGAUCAAGACCACUCUUGAAACUUCUUCAGCAUCCCCUGGUCCUGCAGUCACCUGGAGCUCCCACACCCUAUCCACAGGUCUCACCUCUCCUCUGUCUGUUAUCAGCAAAUCCUCACCAUCCACAGCAUCUUCAAGCUCCCCUAUGAAUCCUGGGGCUUCAGUAACAACCACAGCCUCACUGAGGACUGACGGUGGGAGAAGCACGGCAACACCGCUACCCUCAACAACCUCCCAGACUCUUCCCACCUCCACCCCCAGCACAUCCACGGGCAGCCAUGCAACAGCUUUCCCAGUCCCUCUGCAGCCGCAGAAAGGCGUUUCCCUCUUCGCCUACGGGCCGCGCGUCGGAGACCUGAAGUUCGUCAGGAGGACUGAGGACUUCACCUCGCCGCUCUUCGCGCCCCGGAUCGGCUUCCCGCUCGGCUCCUCGCUCCGGGAUUCCCUCUACUUCACAGAUAAUGGCCAGAUCAUUUUCCCCGACUCAGACUACCAGAUUUUCUCCUACCCCCACCCACCCCGAAGAGGCUUCACAGGCUGGGACCCUGUGGCCCUGGUGGCUCCGUUCUGGGACGAUGCUGACUUCUCCAGCGGCUGGGGGACUACGUAUUACCAGGAAUACGAGACACUCUAUGAUGAAUAUUACCCGCUAGUCCAGGAGGUGGAGUCUUUGAUUAAAAAGGUCACAAACUCCUGGGACUACAAAGCCAGGUGGACCCUGAAGGUCACAUGGGUCGAUGCCCCCACCUACCCCGCCGAGUGGACCUUCGGGCAGAAGUUCACUGAUGACCCAUUUUGGACAAGGCGUGUGCUUUCAGAGAACCUCCAGUCUCACCUGCUGCAGACCAACACCUACCAGGCCAUCCUCUCCACGGACGGGAGCAGGUCCUACACCCUGUUCCUCUACCAGAGCGGCGGUAUGCAGUGGGACGCGACCCGGCGCCCAGGCACCUCCGUCCUCAUGGGCUUCUCCAGUGGAGACGGGUAUUUCGAAAACAGCCUGCUGAUGUCCCGGCCACUGUGGGAGAGGUAUCGUCCAGACCAAUUCCUGGAUUCCAGCUCAGGUCUCCGGGGGCUCCAGUUCUACAGGCUACACAAGGAGAAAAGGCCCAACUACCGUCUCAAAUGCCUACAGUGGUUGAAGAGCUCACCCCCGUGGCCCAGGUGGGGCAGAAACCAGAUCUCCUGCCCUUGCUCCUGGCAGCAGGGACUGUGGGACUUACGAUUCCAGCCUGUCAGCAUAGGCAGGUGGGGCCAGAGCGGCAGGCAGCUGUGCCGCUUCUCCUCCUGGCAGGGAGGCGUGUGCUGCAGCUACGGGCUCUGGGGAGAGCUUCGUGAAGGCUGGAGAGUGCAGAGCCCUUGGCAGUUUGACCGGGAACUGGAGCCGCAGAACUGGUGCUGCCGCUGGAAUGACAAGCCCUACCUCUGCACCCAGUACUGGCAGAGGCGACCCCGCAUUGGCUGUGCUGGAUACAGGCCCCCACGGCCCGCCUGGCUGUUUGGGGACCCCCACAUCACUACCUUGGAUGGCGCCAAUUACACCUUCAAUGGGCUGGGGGACUUCCUGCUGCUCCGAGCCUGGGACAGAAACUCCUCCUUCCUGCUACAGGGCCGCACUGCCCAGACAGCCUCGGUCCAGGCCACCAACUUCAUUGCCUUUGCGGCUCAGUACCACUCCAGCAGCCUGGGCCCCAUCACGGUUCAAUGGUUCCUUGAGCCCAAUGACACCAUCCGUGUUCUGCUCAAUAACCAGACUGUGACAUUUGAGACUAAGCACGAAGAUGGAGAAGGCCGGGAGAUAUUCAACGCCACCGGGGUCCUCCUGACCCGCAACGGCUCCCUGGUGUCAGCCAGCUUCGAUGGGACGACAGCCAUCACAGUGACUGCUCUCUCCAACAUCCUCCAUGCCUCCUCCAGCCUCCCAGAGGAGUAUCAAAACCACACGGAGGGCCUCUUGGGGGUCUGGAACGACAAUCCAGAAGACGACUUCAGGAUGCCCAAUGGCUCCACCCUUUCCCCAGAGAGCUCUGAGGAGGCGCUUUUUCACUACGGAAUGACCUGGAAAAUCAACGAAACAAGCCUCGUUGGUGAGAGGAACGACCAUCUCCCCUCCAACUUCACCCCUGUCUUCUUUUCCCAACUGUCGAGAAACAACUCCUUGUAUGACAAUGUGGUCUCCAGCUGUAAUGGACAGAGACAGUGCAUCUAUGACGCCCUGCUCACGGGCCACACAAGCACUGGACUUGACACGAUGAUGCUCUUUAAAAGAUACCAAGAGAUGAACGCCACCCUCAAUCAGUACCCGCCCUCUAUCCAUGGUCCUCAUGUGCUUGAAACCUACCAGGGGCAGACCAGGCGGGUUCAGUACACCAGCAACGCUGAGAAUGUCACAUUCUCCCUUGGAAACGACUGCACUGACAUUAAGCUCUUUGAGAAUGGGACAUUGCUAUGGACACCAAAGUCAUUGACACCAUGCACUCUGGAGAUUCUAGCAAGAAGCGCCAAGGUUGGCUUAUCAUCCGUUCUCCAGCCCAAGACCGUGGUCUGCGCUUGCAGUGCAGAGAGCCAGUGUUCAUAUAACAAGACCAGCAGGGUGGGCAAUUCCUCCCUCGAGGUGGCUGGUUGCAAGUGUGAUGGGGACACCUUUGGCCCCUACUGCGAACACUCCAAGGACCCUUGUGAGGAGCAGUGCUUCCCGAAUGUCAGCUGCACUCCUGGGCAGGGCUGUGGUGCCUGCCCCCCAAACCUCACUGGGGAUGGGCGUCACUGUGCAGCUCUGGAGAACUCUUUCAUCUGUCAGAACAAGUCCUGUCCUGUGAACUACUGCUACAACCAUGGCCACUGCUACAUCUCCCAGACUCUGGGCUGCGAACCCAUGUGUACUUGUCCCCCGGCCUUCACUGACACCCGCUGCUUCCUGGCUGGGAACAACUUCACUCCAACCACAAGUUCAGAGCUUCCCUUAAGAGUCAUCCAGCUCUCACUCAGUGAAGAUGAAAAUGCCUCCAUGGCAGACGUCAACGCCUCGGUGGCAUACAGACUGGGGACCCUGGCGGUGAGGGCCUUUCUCCAAAACAGCAAAGUGGAACAAAUCCGUUCCCCAGCACCAGCCUCCGGAAGCUCCACUCAACACUGGAAGGUCACCUCAAAGUUCCAGUACCGCCCCUGGGGCCCUGUCAUCCACUUCCUAAAUGACCAGCUGCUGGAUGCGGUGGUGGAGGUGUUCUUACACCAGGUGCCGACCAGGAGGUGGAAGAGGAGUGAGAGGUCCAGGAACAACGUGGUCUUCCACCCCAUCUCCAGGGAAGACGUGCAUGAUGAGAUGGCUCUGAACGUGAGCACGCUGAAGACUUACUUCAGCUGCAGUGGCUACAGGGGCUACCACAUGGUCUACAGCCCCCAGAGCGGCCUCACCUGCGUGUCCCCGUGCAGUGAGGGCCACUGCGAUCACGGAGGCCAGUGCCAGCACCUGCCGGAGGGGCCCCGCUGCAGCUGUGUGUCCUUCACCAUCUACACGGCCUGGGGCGAGCGCUGUGAGCACCUGAGUGUGAAACUCGGCGCGUUCUUCGGGAUCCUCUUUGGGGCCCUGAGCGUCCUCUUGCUGCUGGGGGUUGCGGCGUUUGUGGUCCUGCGCUUCUGGGGCUGCUCCACGACCAAGUCCUACGACUACCACCUGGACUCGGAAAGCUGAGGCCUCGCCCAAAGGACAGCUGUGGCCUAGGAUACCUCAGGACCCACCCCAUCCUCACCGCACACUGCAGGAGCCAUUGCUUUGGGGAGAUGAAAGGGGAAGGUGACUGAAAAUGAUCGGGAUUCUUCAAAGAGAAUGAAUAAUGGGUAUAAGGACAGCACUGCCCUGUCAGUAGGCACAGGCACCCAGGAAGAGGCCAUAAAGACCAAAUACAUGAAUGGAUGGGGUCUUCACACACACACAUACACACACACCAGAGUUAAUAAUGGGGUGAUAGCCCUAAGUUAAGCACAGUGCUUCUGCACACAAAACUCUGGUUUACUUCUAAUUAAAGUCUAUUUAAAUAAAGUC